CGGAAAUCACCGAACGGUAUAGGCAGAAAAUGUGUCCGGGUGGAAAUGCGAGUAUGAAGUGCCAUGUGGAGUAAAAACAGUGCCAAAAAAAGUAGAAAUAAAGUCGUCGCAACUUUAAAAAAAUGACCCUGUUACCUCGCACCGCCAAGGAAUUCAGCUCCGCGGACUACUGGGAAAGGUUCUUUAAGAAACGUGGAGAGAGGGCUUUUGAGUGGUAUGGAGACUACAACAAACUGUGCGGUGUGCUGCACAAAUACAUCAAAUUGACAGAUAAGGUGCUGGUGGUUGGUUGUGGUAACUCUGAGCUGAGUGAACAGCUGUAUGAUGUUGGCUAUAAACAUCUCACAAAUAUAGACGUUAGUGAGACAGUGGUGACCCACAUGAACCAGAGAAAUGCUGAGCGUAGACCUGGUCUGACCUUCCACCAAGUGGAUGCCACUCAAACAUCAUACGAGGAUGCCAGCUACCAGGCUGCUCUGGACAAGGGCACCCUUGAUGCUAUGGCAUCAGAAGAGGAAGGAGCAUUGGCCAAGAACAUGCUCACUGAAGUGAGCCGUGUGCUCAGUGUUGGAGGGAGGUAUAUCUGUGUGACGCUGGCUCAGGAGCACGUGAUUAACUUAGCUGUACAGCACUUUGUUCAACUCGGGUGGGCGGCGAGGCUCCACUGCCUGCAGGAGGAAAGAGGUGCUGAAAAAGAAGACUCCUUUGCGCUGCCUGUCUUUGUCUUGGUCUGCACCAAGUUCCGUCAGCCGAUGCCCUCGCCCAUUCUUGAGAUGUGUAUUGGAGAUGACGGAGCACCGAUCCGGUACGCACAAGUUUCCGAACUGUUGUCGUCAGUGAGGGAAUGUCAGGGUUAUUCUGUAUUGAGGAAGAGGCUCCGCACAAGCACUGACCCUGACUCAAACCUUUCACUAACUCUCUGCCAUGCCAAGACAGGGCUUCCCAGAUACACUCUUACAGUGCAAGACAAUCCACCUGCAGCUAAGGUGCCAAGACCCAAUCAGUUUGCCAUAUUUAUUGUGCCUCGAGGGAGUGAAACAGCCUGGCUCUACAGCUCCAGUGAGGGUAGGAGGCAGCUGGCAGCCAGUGCUAACUUUCGACGCCUGGUUAUUGCUUUAAUGCAUAGAAAUCAGGAGUAUGCAGACAUGCAAGCUGUCCAAUCAGAACUCUCACCUGUGGUGAUGGACUUGGCUCCACCUGGUAUGCCAACCAACCAGCAGGUACCGUUUCUGUCAGUGGGAGGUGAUCUUGGUUGGCGGGAGGAGAUCAGCAGAGGUGUGAGUCAGCUCAGUGGGGAAUAUUGUGUGGAGAAUGUUCGAGGAGAAGAUGGACAACUGUAUCGCAGACUUGUGUUCCUGUCUAACAUUGCCCUUGUGCAGUCGGAGAGCCGACUCAUCUCAUCAAACGCUGCAUCAAGUCACAAGAAGAAGAACAAAAAGAAGAACAAGGCCUUUACUUCUUUAGCCUCUCUGUCCGUGGACAGUGGUUUCCUCUGCUGCGCCCAUCAUGAGGUCAUGGUGGCCGGUCUUGCUGUGCUUGGGGUGGGGAUGCCGGAGAACAAAGAUGUCCCUGUAUCAGUGCUCCUGGUGGGGCUUGGUGGAGGAGGCCUACCUCAGUUUCUGCGGGACUUUGUGCCCAAUAUAAACAUUGAGGUUGUAGAACUAGACCCUGCUGUGCUGGAGGUGGCAAAGGAGUGGUUCGGAUUGAAACCAGAUGAUCGUCUGGCCAUUACUCUUGGAGAUGGUCUGGAACACAUCUGUACUCUAGAGAAAGAAGGCGGCCGCUUGUUUGAUGCCAUCAUGUUUGACGUAGACAACAAAGACAGCUCUCUGGGUAUGAGCUGCCCUCCUGCUGCAUUUGUAGAAACUCCUGUUCUCCAGAAAGUUUUUAACCUGCUCACUCCCAGAGGUCUGUUUGUGCUGAACCUUGUGUGUCGUGACCCAGCCCUGAGGAAGAGCGUCUUUGAGCGAGUCCGGGGUGUGUUUCCUACCGUUCUGUCUCGACAGAUAGCCCAGGAAAUCAAUGAGGUCCUCCUGUGCUUUCAUGACGAACAGGACACCGCCCACAUUCUUUCAUUUCUGCAACAAGCAGCCAAGAAUCUACAGAGAGCACUGUUCUCUAACAAGACUGAGCCACACAUUGACAUUGCAGAGAUGUUAAAAGACCUAAAAGUAGAGUGACAUUUUGUGUGCCGUGUCAAGAUUGUAUGAAAUGUAUAUGUUUUGGCUCAUUUCAAAUUAA